CCUCCACCUUCCCCUCUGCUAGACAGCCAAUCAGAUCAGCCAGCUUGCUGGAGUUGAAGGGCUCCGAAAGUAUAAAACUGAAGAGCUUGCAACAGAGAGGUAUAGGAGCUUGGGCUCUAGGAACAAAGUGAAAAGAGAAGGGUGCACAAACUUUGCACGCUUCAGCAAACUACCUGGCAAUAAAUCCAAUCAAAGAACAAGAGCCAAAGGGCAAAGCAAGAGGAACAGCGUGCAAAACAAUGAAGACAACCCUCACGACCGUGACUCUGAGUCUGGCCGUUCUGGUGGCCACCGGCAACCCCUUCGAGAGGAGAGGCGGCAAGGAGAAGAGGGUGCAGUACGCGGCGUGGGACGAUGUGAACGUCAUCGCCCACGGACUCCUCCAGCUGGGCCAGGGACUCAAGGAGCACGUGGACAAGACCAAGGGCCAGGUGAGGGACAUCAACGCCAAGCUGAAGGCCUUCAAUGUUACCGUGGCAGACAUGGGCAAGGAGAGCCUGAGGCUGCAGGGGGAGGGCGAAGUGCUGAAGGCCAGGGCCCAGGGGCUUGAGGACCGGGAGGUCAGAGUGCUCAACGUGACAGCGGAGCUGAGGGAGAAAACAGAGAAGAUGCUGCAGGAGAGGAGGAGGGUGGAUGAGAGGAUGAACAAGCUGGAGGAGAAGGUGGACGGCAUGCUGCAGGGAGAGGGGCUGCCCGACAUGAGCACCGGCAACACAGCCAACUUCAGUGACGCGCACAUUAUUCAGUGGAUGUUGGAAGCUCAGAAUAAACGUAUUGAUGACCUAGUCGACAGAAUCCGACUCCAGCAAGAAAAGCUUGACAAGCAAUCCCUGCGCAUCAGAACCUUGCAACACCAGAUUCAGUUGACAAAAGAGAGACCAGCAUUCAGGCGUAAACCAGAAGAGGCCGUUCAAAAUAGCAGUAUUGAGCAGCGCGACUCACCCAUCGAGAUGGCCUCAGACUGCCACGAGCUGUUCCUCAGAGGCGAGACGACCAGCGGAGUUUACACCAUUCGGCCGUUAAACUCCCAAUCCUUUGAGGUCUUCUGUGAAAUGACAGCCGAAGGUGGUUGGACCGUGAUCCAGAGGCGCCAGGAUGGCUCGGUUGAUUUUGACCAGUUGUGGCAGGCCUACCGGAGUGGCUUUGGCAGCCUGAAUGGUGAGUUCUGGCUUGGUCUCGAGAAGAUGCACGCCGUGGUCAAAGACACGGACUACAUCCUCAAGGUCAAGUUCUCCGAUUGGAGGGAAGACACCGAGACAAUACAGUACCCCAUCCGGAUGGACGGGGAGGAGAGCCGCUAUGCCCUCCACAUCAAGGAGACCUCCCCUGGCAACCUGCAGAGUGCCCUGGCCACCGAGGACGCUGGCGUCCCCUUCUCCACCCGAGACCGAGACAACGACAGGAAGAGUGACACCAACUGUGCCAAACACCUUUCUGGCGGCUGGUGGUUCAGCAACUGUGGACACUCCAACCUGAACGGCCGCUACUUCAUGAGCCCUCCUCCCAAGCAGAGACACCAGAGGAAACAAGGUGUCUUCUGGAAGACGUGGCGUGGCCGCUACUAUCCCCUGAAGACCACCACGAUGAUGAUCGCCCCAGCUGCCAUCGAGAACAAGUUGUAGAGGGUUGGACGGCAGGAUCAAGAGUUUUCUCUUCCUGAACUGAAACAACUGUUCGAGGUGGUUGGCCGUGGAGUUGGGUGAACCGCCCACUUUAGUGUAGGCCUCAGCCAGUGAGACUCACAGCAGAGCCAAGGCCAUUGUUAUCGCCAAACAAACUCAUACUUGAAUGGGCUCCAUGUUUCCAAGAGCUCUGUUUCGAAAGUCUUCAAGCCUCCUUAGCUAGAAGCACAACCGAACAAUGCAGAAAUGUCUGUGUAAGAUUAUGAGUGCAUGUUUAUCUAACAGUGGAAAGUUAAUGCUGUGGUUUUACCACAGUUCUGAUGUGUUCUCUUAAUCACUGUUGAAACCAGCGAUGGGCCUCUCAGAUUAAAUCAAAGGAACAGAUUUAGGCCAGUUCUGACAUGUUUUUGUGUGUUAAAAGAAAAAAGUAAAAAGUAAAGGCAUUUUCCGCAUGUUAAGACCCAUAUAUGACAGACAGGUUUCUGAAUGCUAGGACUCAGAAGUUGAACAGUGAUUUCUAGCUAGAACAUAGUUAACCCAGCAUCAACACCAGCCUAUCUACAUUAGUUGUUUAAGUUGGGCAACACUAGAGUUUCUGAAUCAAAUUAUAUGGACCAAAUGGUAAAUUGUUGUUUUACACAUUAAUGGCAUUAGCAAUCCAAAGGCAUUAUGAGUAGACAUUAUCACUAAACUAGAACUACAGUACAUAAUGGAACAAAGUGUGUGAAGUAUUUUUCAACCAAAUAGUGGUUUCAUAGUCUACAUCUCAACUUUCAUGACAUUUUUAUUUUGAAUCAAAGUAUUAUCCCUCUGGGGCUCCGUUUGUCGUGGAGAUGUUUGUCCUUCAGUCAUAUUGACUGCUCUUUAAAUGACCGGUCAUCAAUUUCUGUAUAUAGUGUACGAUGAAUGAAUGUCGACUGUCUCUUCAGAACCUUUACUGUAACUUUAUCUAGAGUUCUUGUUGAUGACUUCUUUCCCCCCCAUUUUAUUUAAAAGCUGUAAAGAAUCGUUAUAUAUUUCUGCUAUUGCUUGUAUGUAAUUUAUAUUGUCUGUCAUGUUUUCCAGUUGUGAAAUUGCUGUUGUUUUUUUUAAGAGAAAUUAAUCUAACCUUUGGCAUUAAC